AUGAGCUAUCGGCAUAAACAUACAUCAGAGGUCUUUCUCUCCGCGGUCAUCGACCAAAUUCGAUGUGUUGCGGCUCGAUUCUGUGGCAGUUGCUGGACGCUAGCAGCCAGGGGGUCGUCUGAUGCAACAAGACUGACAUUCUCUCCAAUGCUCCGUGCUGUGGCGUUCCUAGCCUCGCAUUCCACACUUACACGCCUUCAAUUGGACUUGCUGUUCAACCCCGGAUAUGAACGUCUGGCUUAUACGUCAGUGGAAGAGGGCUGGGCCUUGCAGGCCUGA